AUGUUGAAACUUCAAGAAUUCCAUAUACAGAAAUGUUAUGGGUCCAAAAUACUAAAACACAAUUUUUACACAUCUUCUAGUUUAUUAUAUAAUAAAUUUCCCAUUCAAAGUCGACGAUCAAAAUUGAAAAAAUCCACUUCUACAUCCACGUCCACGUCCACUUCUACAUCUAAAUAUGAUAAUUCAUUUCUCAAAAAUAUAUUUCAAGAAAAUAAAAACAAUAAAUUGAAAAUUGAAAAUCAAUCCCAAAACAACCCAUCAAGUAAAACUGCAGGAUUGAAAAAAAUUCAAACUCUUGUUAAAUCCAAAGUUAAAUCUCGAAGUAUAUUUGAUUCUUAUGCUAAUUUAAGAAUAGAUAUUACUAAACCAAAUGAUGAAUUGGUACGAACAAUAAUUAAAAAUACCACGACUAUGAAUAAAAGAAGGUUCACUAAUCCAGCUAAAGAAUGGUUGACUCAAUUUACUAAGGAAGAAAUACAAGAAUUGGAAGAUUUUUUGAAUGAUGAUUUAACCACUGAGGGAACAAUUAAUGAGCAAACUAUGGAAACCCCUAUCAAAGUUGGUGAUUUAGUAACAUUAGGAUCAGAAAGUUUACGUUUAUAUUUAGUUACAUCAGUACCAAAAUCUUUUAGUUCAAAAAUUUGUACUUUUUUAAGUGAUAGAGGUGAAAUUAUGUUUGCUCCCUUUAAUGUUAUUGGAUAUCGAUUUUCUGGAUUAAUACCUGAAAAAUAUCAUAAAAUUAUUGAAAAAUUUGUUGUUUUAGAACAAAAAUAUAUAGAUAUUCCUCCUAUUGGUGUUCCUGAUGCAAUUUUUUCAAAAUCAAUUGCAGCUUUACCUAAGGGACUUCAACAUCAGAAAAAUCGGAAAAAUAAAGGAAAUGUGGAACAUGAAGAAGCUACCAAUACCGAUGCCGAUGCCGAUGCCGAUGCCGAUGCCGAUGCCAAUCCUGAUGAAUCAGCAUAUUUGGAUCCUAAUGAUUUUAUUGUCCAACAAGCAGCCUCACAAUUAUUAACAAAUACUGAUGUUCAAACAUUUAUUGUACCAACUACAGUACGACAUAUAUAUGUUCCAGCAUUAUUGCAAAUUUCUAAUGAAGCAUUUUGGAAAAUGGGACCAAUGCAUCAGAAAUUAGAAAAGUUACAUAGAAGUUUACAAAUUGAUGAUGCUAAUGGAGAAUUUAAUACCCCAAGAACCGUAUCAAUAUUUGAAAUAUUAAGCAAACUCAAAGAACCAAACAACCCACAACCAUCAACCAUAAAAUUAGGUAAAUCACCAAAUAAUCUGAUAGAUUUUGAUCAACGACAAUAUAAAAUAUCUGAUGUUAUGGCAGUAUUAUCAUUGUUGAAAAAACAAAGUCAUUUAUGGACAGUUUUACCAUGUAAACUGUCUUUUACCCCUACAAAAGUGACAAUAUGGCCUCUUGCACAAACUAAGGAAGAAGAACGAACAGUUGAGUAUUUGAAAAAUAAUCAUGGAUUAGAUGAAAUAACUGCAUAUUGUGGUCAAAUUGCAUUAGGUCAAGAACCAGUUACUAAACCAGUAUUUUAUCAUAAUGUCGAGAAAAUGUUACGGGAAUACGUUAAUGGGAAAUAUAAAGAUGAUGCAUCGAUAUCUACUACUUUAGUGUCACUUUUACGGAAAGUUGAUAAACAUUUUAUGGAAUUGGGAAUACCACUUAAACAAGAAGCUUAUAAGAAUGAAUAUUCAUAUGGUAAAGCUUAUGAUUUACUCAUUAAAUUGAAUAAAGAUAUUAUCGUGAAUCCUUUAUUAUGGUCUGAACAAGCUAACUUACCCACAGAAGAAAAUGCAUCGGCCAAUACGUUGACAAAACAAAAGUUUUACAAUUAUAUGGAUCAGCAACAUGCCAAUGGAACCGCCAAUGGAACCGCCAAUGCAAUUUUACAAGAUACUAUAGACGCUGAAAUGUAUAAUGAAGAUCCAUUACAUCAUUUGAGAAAAAAUAUGAGAAAAGUUCCUAUAUAUUGUAUUGAUGAUCCCACGGCACAUGAAAUUGAUGAUGGGAUUUCAAUUCAUGAAGAUCAACAAGAUUAUGUUGUUUCAAUUCAUGUAGCUGAACCAAGUUCAUAUAUUAAACCUAAUUCAAUCAUAAGUUCUUUAGCGUUUGAAAAAUCAUCGACUAGUUAUAUGCCUGAUACUGUAUUUCCGAUGCUACCUAAAUUAGUAUCAGAUAUUGCUGGAUUAGGAAUCCCCAAUAAGGAUACUCGAACAUUUGUGGUUCAAUACCGAAUUGAUAAAAAAACCGUAGAUGAUUAUAUUUCUAAUAAAAUGGUCAAUAAAAAUUAUGAAGCUGAUAAACUGUUGUUAGACCAAUUAAUUUCCCAAAUAAAUAACAGUAGCAAUAUCGUUUUCGCUACUGUUUCUAAUUUCCGACAAGGUUUUACUUAUGAUAAAGUCAAUGAAGUGUUGAAUGAUGAAAUGAAAAUAAAUCAAUAUAAACAAUUGGGCCAAUCCAAUGAUCUUGAUUUUAACAAUUUAGUGAAACUUCAAUAUAUAUCUUCAUUACUUUGGGAAAUUAGAAAAUCUAAUUAUGCCUACGCAAAUGGUGGUAAUACCAAUUUAACUGUUAAAAAAACUGACACAGUCACCAUCAGUACUGAAUUCUUCCAUGAUGAAAAUGAAUUACAAAUGAAACUUUCUAAUUCAAAUAAUACAAUUUCUAUUAGUUUUGCUUCCAUGGAAAGUGCAUCUAUCAAAUUAGUUACCGAAAAUAUGAUUAUUGCCAAUUAUUUAACGGCAAAAUUUGCUACUGACAAAAAUAUCAAAAUAUUGUAUCGAUAUCUUGAUCCUAAAUUCAAUAAUGAAUUAUUGUCCGAAUAUCAAAAAUUAAUGGAAUUAUUUGGUACUAAUGAUUCAAUCCCUACUGAUCAAUUAACACAAAUGUUCCCAUUUUUCACUAGAGGUUUAGUCACUCAUACACCGCAAAAACAUUUACUUAUGGGAUUAACAAUGUAUUCUAAUAUAACAUCUCCAUUAAGAAGAUAUAUUGAUUUAGUGAAUCAAUGGAAAAUUCAAGAUUAUUUUUUGGGUAAACAAUCUAUAUUGGAUAAGAAUAUUCCAGGAAUUGCCAAUUAUUUGAAUGGUCAAGGAGAAAUCAUUAGGAAUAUUCAACUGAGAGCAAAUACUUUUUGGCAAGGAUUAUUUUUAAGAAAUUAUCAAGAUUUGGAAAACAACUCUAACAAUUUGAUUGAUUUUAAAUUGAAAUUAAUUACUAAUCCGAAAAAGGGAACUACUGUUGGUGUAUAUAUGCCAAAUUUCCGUUUUAUUAAUGCUCAUGUUGAAGUAUCAUCAGAAAUGUUAGAAGAUAUUAAACUGGGUCAAUUAAAAGUUGGUGGAUUGAUUGAUUCUGAUAAAUUACAUUUAAAACAAGUUGAUUUCUUGGAAAAUGAAGUAAUUUUUGAAUAUAAAUAG